CAGCAACAGCAACAGCGUUUAAUUCAACAACAGCAGCAGCAGAAUCAACACCACCAGUCACUCGCCUCCCACUUCCACCUCUUGCACCUGGUUGAGAAUUUAGCUGAAGUUAUUGAGAAUGGAACUCGGGAUCAGCAUUCCGAUGCUUUGGUUUUUUUUCUUUGUUUUCUUUCCCCUAUUUUAAAGUUCCUAUUUUUCUGCUGUAACAAUUGACUACAUAAAUUAUGGGUACCGCAUAUCUAAUUGGUUUUUGUGCUUUAUUUGUUCAUAUAUGUUGAAUUGUUGCUUACUUUAUUAAAUAUUCUUUUGGAAGAUUACCGAGUUGUACAAUCACUUUGAGAAGUGCCAGCAGUUAUUAAAAUCAAUUUCCGCUUCUAUUAGCACAAAAACUAUGACAGUUGAGGGACAGAAGAGAGAGGUGGAGGAAAGUGAGCAACUGCUAAAUCAGAGGAGGGACCUGAUAGGCAAGUACAGAAACUCUUUCGAGGAGCUUAUCAAGUCAGAGCCAUGACUGCUUGUACCCAAGCCUGGGUCUCAUUGCAGUUCAGCAUUCCAUGCAACAAUUCAAGUAGUUCAGGAAAGCCAGAUGAUCUGAAGCUGUAGAAUCUGAUUCACUUAGUAAUCUUUGGUGUGGUAUGGAAGGAAGUUGACAUCUUUUAUAUAGCCCAGUGAUCCUGAACAACAUUUCCACUCCUUCAAUUCAUACUGUGGCAUUUUUUUUAAAAUCAUCAUGUAGUUGGAAGCCUUGUAAUUAUAUAUCAGAUUUUUAUUAUUUUGCAUUAAUGAUAUGCUUAGCAUUUGUACUUCCAUCGAGUUUGCUUCCCCUCUAAACGACAAAAAAUUCUUGCACCAGCAUACAAGCACCAAUAUUAGCAACAGUGAGAAACAUGUGAUACAUUUUUUCCACUCCAGAAUUUAUGAAUUCUUCUAUAAGAUUUAUGACUGAUUGUUAUUGUGAUUUCUGAUGUUGGUAUGAACUGCGUCUACUUCUCCAUUUUUUUAAUUUUUUUUUCUUUUGGGAUUACCUCUUGAUGCAAAAAAGCUAGAGGUUGCCGAUCUAAAAGGUCUGAAACAAAUGCAAAUUAACUAAGUAUUUUUUUGAAUUUUUUUUUUUCUUUUGGGAUUCUCUUGAUGCAAAAAAGCUAGAGGUUGCCGAUCUAAAAGGGCAGAAACAAAUGCAAAUUAACUAGAACUUGGUUCACUUUCUGAUCUCACUUUUACAAGAGGUAUGCGUGGGGAAGCAUCCUAGGCAAGAGGUGUAUGCUUGUUCUAUUAUCUGAUGUUGGAUCUGCCAGCUUGUCGGAAGGCUCAUCUAUAGUAUCUGCAUACACAAUCCAGUCGAAAUUACCAAAAUUAACCACCGUUGUCCAAUUCGACAUUGCACCUCACUCGAGGAUCCUAAUGAGCUGAUCCAUGGAGCGAACAACGCAGUUCCAGUCUAACUGAGGUUCCAUUCGUCCUCUCCAACCAUCAACAACUCUUUAAUCUUGAUAAUUGUUCCAUUUACGAAAGCAUUUGAUCGUUUAUUUACUAUUGAAGUUCCAGAGACAUACAAAAUCAAAAGAACAUAACAUCCCGAGUUUGUCAAUUAAUGGAGAUGUCAUCAACUGUGUUUUGUUCAAAGGCUUUGAAAGCGUCUUACACAGUUUAUUUUACUAAAUAUACACAAGAAAAGAAAAUCUUUACAAGGCUGUCAGAUGCCACUCUAUUUUUAGUUCCAAAUUAUAAGAAAGACAGAAUUGCAAGAGUAAAUUAUUUCUUAAUACAUAUAAAUAUCAUUGUCCAAAAAUAUCAUCCAUAACUGAAUCUGUUAAGAACAAUCUCUCUCUCUCUGUCUUCAUUAUUCUUAAACAUAUGUCUUUUUCUCCUCCCAUUUCUCUCCAUCUUCCAUUUUCAUUCGUUUUCUUCGCAUAGAGAAAAGAAAGGAUCUGCAACCACCAGAGAAAAAAAAGAAGCCCCCAUCAAAGAAAACUGCACCAUCCCCGCCGGCAACGCAAGCGAUAUCUCACCAUCAACAAAAGCAAACAAUAACAACAUCAUCAAACAAUAUGAGCAUUCCUAGGAUUGGCAACGGCACCACCCAAGCUUGUGCUGCUUGCAAAUACCAGCGUAGGAAGUGCGCGCCUGACUGUAUUCUCGCCCCUUAUUUCCCUCACGAUCGCCAAAGACAAUUCCUUAAUGCCCAUAAAUUGUUUGGUGUGAGCAAUAUCACCAAAAUCAUCAAACCCCUUAGCCAACCUGACAAGGACGAAGCUAUGCGGACGAUCAUUUUCCAAUCAGAUGUUCGUGCCAAUGAUCCCGUCGGAGGCUGUUAUCGAAUCAUUCGUGAGCUUCAGCGUCAAAUUGAGUAUCACAAGGCUGAGCUUGAUCUUGUUCUUCAUCAACUUGCCAUUUGUCGAGCUCAAGCUCACCAACAAACUCAUUUCCAAAUGCUAGAAACUGAUGAUUCAACAACGCUUGGUUGUGAGAUUGUUAAUCAAGAUUCUUUGGAUAUUUAUGAUCCCACGAUGAUACAAUAUCAUUAUCCACAAACGCAAGAAGAAGAACAAGAAUUUGUGGUUCAAGAUCACAAUCAACAACUGCAUGAAAACGUUGUUAAUGAAACUGCAGCCUUGACACUCCAAGAUUCUACUCCUGUUGUUUCAUCAUCUUCAUCGCCAACCUUGCAUAAUUUCAAGCAGCCUUUUGUUAAUGAAUGCGAUGAUAUCAAGCCACUGCUUGACAUAAACGACGUCAAGUUUGAGCCUGAAGAGUUAGUUGAAAGGAAGUUUGUACCAUCGACACAGUUAGUUAUAUCAUCUUGAAGAAAAAUAAUUAUUCUUGUUGAUCAUUCAUGCAAAAAGGAGAAGGAAUAAUAAGAAGAAAUGCCCAUAUCUUG